UUACUAUAUUCAUUUUUUUCAGUCCAGUCUUAUUAUCAGGUUAAUUAAACGUGUAAUUAAACUUGUAACUUGUAUUCGAACUGUAAAUGUCAAAGUGAGGAUUUACCUGAAGCACUUGAAUGCAUCACAUCCACACAACCUUUUCGUCAUCUAUUUGCCGGGGAAUAGCUCCCCCACGCGGGCAAAAGGUGUGCUGCGGGAGCUAACAUAAGCCUUUUUGUUUUUCAGUGUAUAUUGCUACUGUUGUGAAGUGCGUGGCACCAUGCCUUCCUUACUAACUGUAUACUUCACUGCGUCAUGAAUGGGGGCGAAAUUGUGGUCGUAACAGGCUUCGGACCUUUCAGACAGUUUUUAGUGAACCCCAGCUGGAAAGCAGCCCAGGGGUUGAAGUUGGUCGGAUUGGGAGAGCAGACUGGUGUUUACAUUAAAGAGUUACCAGUGAGUUAUAUUAAGACUCAGCAAAUCAUCGCAGAGAUUUGGCAAACUCUUCACCCAAAGUUCGCUGUACAUCUGGGUGUGGCCAGAGGUUCCAGUGUCAUCAUUCUGGAGCAAACAGGGAAGAACAGUGGAUACAGAGACAAAGAUGUGCGUGGCUUCUGUCCUGAAAGUCACUGCUGUGUGGAAGGAGGACCACAGAAACUUGACUCAGUCCUUAACAUGAGGGCCAUCUCCAAAGACUUCAAACAAGCAGGGAAGGAUGUCAUUUAUUCAAGAGAUGCUGGCAGGUACCUGUGUGAUUUUGCCUAUUACUGCUCACUGUAUCACGGUCAGAGGAGAGCAGCCCUCAUCCAUUUACCCUCAUCUGGCAGCCUGACCUCAGCUGACAAACUGGUGCCCCUGCUGCAGACCCUCAUUCAGACCAUGCUUGACCAGCUGGAGGACCCUCCAGAAAGAGCAUGAAGAGAUGAUGACAGCGCGCUUCCUCGAACCAGCGGUCAGCGAGGUCGAUCUUCUGAUGAAGACAUUUCACAUGACAUAGACGCACAUUACAGACCAUAAUCACUGAAUGACGGGGAUGAGGCCUCAGAGGUAAAUAAAUAGCAAACAUAGUCUUAUAGUUCUCAUUCAUUUAUUUAUUCAAAAUUUCAGGGGAAAAAAAAGAAAUACAAGAGAUUUUCAUACACAUUUGAAGAUGGCAUUUUAAAAAAUACACCAUCUCAGCUAUAGAUGUGAAAAAAUGUUGAGGCCUCAGAUACAGAUCUUGAAAAAAAGACUAGUGAAUUUUUUUUUUUUUUUUUUUUUUGAUUAUUUCUUUCCCCAAUCACGUAAUGAACACAGAGAUCUUGUGAAAGUAUUGUAAUAAAAUAAAAGUAGUAGACCAAGGCCCCCUCAGAAGGUAUAGGAAUGCAAAUAAAACUAAAAACAGAGGCAUGACAAUGAUAAACCUCAAACUUAUUAUUGCAGUUUGAAUGCACUGACGCAUCCUCCAUGAACCUGAGGUUUGCAUGAAGAACAUUCUGAAGAAUUAAGGUGAUAAAUAUGACUAAGUUGAAUGUAUUUUUUUUAGUUAGCUACUGUAUAUUUACGCAGCAAUCUGGUAAUGCAAUAAAAGCAACUAGCGUGAAGCUGUAAA